AUGGCAGAACCGGAGCCAGAUUCUGUUCUAGUUUCAAACUUGGAGAAGUUGGUGAUUCAAGAAAAACCGAAACAAACAUCAGAAUCUCCACCACUCGACCUAAUUGUCCAUGAGAAAAAGUACAGAGACACGAGAUGCGGAGUGAUCCCAUGUCAGGCUAUGCGAAUGUUCUGCGAUGAGGAUAAUAUAAUGACAACAUGGUAUUCCGAACUAGCAAAUGGUAGCAAUUUGUUGCCCAAUUUCUGGAAUUUUUGGGACGAUAUUCGGACUAACCCAACUUUUCGUUACUUUAUCAUCGACAGUGCAGAUCUGGCGAAAAUGGAUCAAGUAUGGCAUAGAUGCGUGACUAAAGCAAUGAGAGCCGAGAGGACGACCAGGUUGUUAUCCUCUAUUGGAGCCUUCACGAGCUACUUCAGAAAGCAACUUUACAUCCGCUCAAUUCCCCCAGCGAGAUGCUGUGAGUACGCUGCGAAUCGGAUUUUCACAGAUGAAGUGUUGGAGUUUCUUCCGGUUAUGAUGAGACAACAGGGCAUAAUAGACUUUUCGGAGGAUGACGCACGCCUCGAAAAAUACCGGAAAAUGUGGGAAUCGAAUAACCAGGACCUCUAUAAAACAAUAACUCCGCAAGAAUUUGAAGCAUUUCUCGAUGAGUUCGACGUGGAUAAAAGCAAGAUUAAGAUCAUCCAAGACCCAGUGCACGAGCUCUCCAGAGUUCAUAUGAUUAAGAAAACAGGAAAUAUUACAAUAUUCAGUCCAGACGGUAACACAGUGAUUGAUAGAAUUCAAGCUGUGUUCUUUGUUUUUGGAGCAACGGUGACUGGAAUCAAUUGGAAAACAGAAAAAUGUCCGAUGCAUGAGAAUUGUCGGGAGAAUUUGAAAAAGUGUAUUCUCGAGCUAAUGAAUAAGUUUUUCAAUUAUGAGAAGGGAACCUUCAUCGCGUUCAGAAUGGUACUUGACUCCGUCGAUGCUCUCAAAAAAGAAUGUGAAUUCAACUACCACACAGAACGUGGAACAUCCGACUUUGUCCUUCGAGACUUUGAUAAUGAACUCGCUAUGCCAAUCAAUCGAUACAAUACAACCAUUGAGUUUUUUGAUCUACCGGAAUACAAGAAUUUCUGUCCGAGUGUUGACAAAGAUACUAUCAUGAUCUGGCAAGCAAGAGUUUUCUAUCAAUUCGGCUGGCUCCAACAGUUCUUUGGUAAUGAAAACGUCGAGCUCAGGGAUACUGUAGUCAAUGGAAUCCUGUUUUUGGUUCCGGAUCACGGAAAGAUUAUCACGGACAAGUUUUUGAGAUCAAUUUUGAAUGGAGAGACGCCGUAUCAAGCGUCACAAACUGAAGUUUUAGCCGAGAAGCGGAGGCACACAGGCUACGAAAAACUUCGGGAAUCCAGAGAACAACGGAAUAAAGCUUUAAAAGAGAUGAAGAAAGCGAAGAAGGCGGCAGAGCAAACGGGAAAGAAAACGGGAAAGAAUAGAAAAUAA